CUUGUCAGGAAUGUCUCCGAGCUGUGAAAAGAGUGUGUAGAGCUGCGAGUGGAUGUAGUGGGUCAGCCUGCACACCAAAUGAGAGACUGAGAGCUGAUGUGUUAUGCCAAGGAAAGGCCGCAUCAGGAAGGUCUUUGAUUUCCUAGUUGUUCUGCAAAGGAGGCACAUGCUGAAGUGGAUAUUUCCCAACAAGCUGCAUCCUUGAGGACUCCACUAAUUCUUCAGUAUGGAACAGUCAGCCAGCAGUUGCAUGCGGAGCCCUCAUACGGGUGGCGCUUUAUGGGGAUGCGUCAGGAGUCCUCAUUCGGGUGGCUCCGGAGCCGGGAUUCAGCCUUACCAGCAGGCCCCGUUUGCUCUGCACCAGAAGCAUGACUUCCUGGCCUACACAGACUUCUCCAGCUCCUGCCUGGUGCCAGCGCCACAUGCGUACCCUCGGGAGGACAGACUCUAUCCGGAGACGCACAGCGGGUACCAGAGGACAGAGUGGCAGUUCUCUCCAUGCGAGCCCAGAGGCAGAGGGCAAGAGCCCUGCCAGGGGGCGGCUGAGGCAGUGGGAGCUGAAAUGGACAGUGCAGGGGGAGACAGGCUGGCUGGAGCAGUCACUGGGUGUCUCGAGGGAGACUAUUCACCUCAAAGUGUGCCUGCAGUCGACACUGAAAAAAAAAGCUCCAAGCGGAAAAGAGAAGUCACAGAUAUUCAGGACUCGAGCUUCAAGGCAGACUCGAACUGCAAGGCUAGAAAGGAACGAACGGCUUUUACCAAAGAGCAACUCCGAGAGCUGGAAGCCGAGUUCACCCACCACAACUACUUGACUCGUCUUCGCCGCUACGAGAUCGCAGUCAACCUUGACCUCACUGAGAGACAGGUGAAAGUGUGGUUUCAAAACAGACGGAUGAAGUGGAAGAGAGUGAAAGGAGGACAGCCCGCAUCUCCUCACGACCUUGAAGCAGAUGAGCUGGACUCGGCCGCUUCGCCCAGCUCUGAGUGAAAACCCAAUCUAGACAUUUGCUCAUAUUUACAGUCACCCCGGCCAAAUGCAGUGUCCAAUUUUUCACUUGUCCUUCCACGUAUCCUGUUUCACUGCUUCGUGGACAAAAGCGUCCGUGCUUCCUGUUGCUCUCUUCACUCAGAUGACUAAUUAUCAACAGAGUUUCAACAGCUUGGAAGCACCAUCCACUUUCAGUCCACAUGUUUCACUUUCAUUCAUAAACAGAUCGAGUGAAAUCAGAGGCCUAUAAAAACUCAAUUACUCACGUGUAAAAACAAUUUAUAUUAACUGUUCAAGCCCUGGUUUAAUAGCUUUGACCUCCAGCCAUGACGGCAUGAUGUAGGUCUUUUACACUGUGGUGGUGGUGCCUGAAGCCUGAUCAGAACCACCUGUGAAGCUCUACAAACAGACGGACGGUUUCAGGAUCACACCAAACCACUAGAGCAUCGAUAUUGUGUCUUUAUUUUUAGCCUAAAUUGUGUUUUCAGGUUAGAAAAAAAAAAGCUUUCUUGAAUUUCUUCCAAUUUUGUACUUCUCUUUUUUUUAUAUAAAACUAAUAAAGCAGAGAUGUUGCAUAAAAUGAGAAAAAAAUAAAUUUUUUAAAAACUGAUUUAAAGAAAAGAUUUCUGCUUUUAUUUAAACUGGAAAACAAACACUGUUAUACUGAACUGGUGUGAAGGUAAAAUUAUGGGAAAGUAAAUGAUAAUAAUGUAAACUUUGUUAGCUCAAAUCACUUGUGUGUGCUUUUAAACUAUGUGAUAUUUAAACUAUGUUUGCACAAUGCAAAUUCUGUUAUCAUUUAUGGUGAAUUUACACUGCACCAUCUAAAAAGUGAAGCCUGAAUUAGUCCAUGGAGGCUGGCUGCAGUAUAGGUCAAAAACCUCACCUACUGUAUGUAAAUGAAUGUGAAUAAAUUGUAUAUAGUGUAUGUGUGUGAGUGAGUGUGUAUAAGUGUUUCCCAGUGUUGGGUUGCGGCUGGAUGGGCAUUCACUGCGUAAAACAUAUGCUGGAUAAGUUGCUGAUUUAUUUCAUUGUGGUGACCCCUGAUUAAUAAAGGGACUACGCCGAAAAGAAAAAAAAAGAAUGAAUAAGGGUGUGAUGAGAUCUCAUAUGACAAGAUUUCUCGUCAAGGUGAAAAGUCUCUUGAGUUGUGAUGUCAUGAUGAACCAUAAGAGUGAAUUUAGCAUUGAAGAUUGGCGGUAGGAUUAGAUUCAAACCUCAAAUCAAGCCUAAAUAAAAGACGGUUAUAUAUUUUCCAGUUA